AUGGGUAGUGGAUCUACAAAAAUUUUAUCAUAUGAUGAAGCUUCAAAACGAUUUUUUCCAAAUGAUUUAGAACGUAUUGAAAUAACAUUUCGUGAUAUAACUAAUGGAACAAAUGAACUUAGUUAUACAAAUUUUAAACGUGAUGUAUUUGCUAAUUUUUUACCUGAAAAAUUAGCUAAUCGUCUUUAUCAACUCUACAUGAAUUCAUCUCGAACAGGAAUGUCUUAUAAAGAUCUUAUUUGUUGUUUGGGAUUGAUCUAUUAUGGUAUACAAAAAGAACGCAUGCAACUUCUCUAUGCAAUAUUUACUCAAACUGGAAUAUUAUAUUGGUAUGAUGUUGAAGAAUUUCUUCGUCUAUGUGGUGAACAAUUACCUAAAGAAUUUGAAAAUUUAUUUCAAAAAAAUGAAAUAGUAACACAAGAAAAAUUUCUUCAAUGGUUAGACAAUAAUCGUGGUCAUACAACAACAAUAACAGAUUGGCUUAUGGAUGAACAACGUUUAUAUGAAUUAUCAACAUAUACAAAUGAUAGAAUUUAUGAUCAAUAUUCAAUACUUGCUGGUGUUACACAUUUAUCAGAAAAAGAAAUCAAAGAAUUAGAACAAAUGUAUUAUCAAUUCUGUACAUUGAAUAAUAAUAGACAACAACAAAUAACACCACAAAUAUUUUCAAAUAUAAUUUCACCAGUUCUUCCAUCUAUGUUAAUAUCGGCAGUUUUUGAAGCUUUCGAUGAAAAUCAAGAUGGAUGUAUUGAUUUUAAAGAAUUUUCUUGUGGAAUUAGUGCUGCUUGUCGAGGUCCACAAUGUGAAAGAUAUAAAUUUCUCUUUCGUGUAUUUGAUCGUGAUCAUGAUGGUGUACUCAAUCAUUCUGAUAUUAUUUACAUGACAUCGUGUCUUAUUGAAGUUGCUCAAUUUGUUUAUGCAUCGGAUAUGCAUAUAAAAACUUCACGUGAAUUAUAUGCUGAUAUGAUUUCAGAAAAAAAUGAAUCAAUAUUGAAAUCAGAAGAUUUUUUACUAUGGUGCCAAAAAGAUGCAUUAAUUAUUGAAUUACUGGAUCUUAUUUUUCAAAUUUGUCAUGUUGUACUUGGUUUACGACCAUUAUCACAACAAGAUGAAUUAACAAUUGUAAAACAUUUUCUUCGACGUGAAAAAUAUCCAUUUAAUGAAUCAGAAGUGGUAUAUAAUCGGGCUACAUCAAAACCUGGUUCAUCAUGGUUUCUUAUUUCAAUGGAUUGGUGGCUUAGAUGGGAAGCAGUAUGUUCUUCAUCAAUUAUAAAUAGUAAUGAAUUAAAAAAUAAAAAAAUUUCAUCGAUUAAAUCGAAUAAAACUGAUAAUAAAUGUGAACUUGGUGAUAUUGAUAAUAAUGUAUUAACAGAAAAAAUUAUUUCAAAUGAUUGUAUUCAACUUAAACCAAAUCUUCGUCGUGGAAUUCAUUUUGAAAUGAUACCUGAAUUAUUAUGGAUAUUUUUACGUAAAUAUUAUCAUUGUAAUGGACCAAUUGUAUGUCGAAAAGUAACAUAUAGAAAAAAUCUUAAUAGACCUGAACUUGAUCUUUAUCCGUUAACUAUAAAAAUUUAUCGUAAUCGAAUACUUUCACCACAACAAAUCGAAGCAAUAGCAACAAAUAAAAAUAAUAAUAAUAAUAAUAAUAAUAAUUCUAUGCAUUUUGCUUAUCCAUUACUUAAUUAUGUUUCAGCAAGCAUGUUUGGUUCAAAUAAUUCUUCAACUUCCAUGACAUCAAAUGCACCUCGACAUCAUUUAGCUUGUUCAUAUUUUGUUAGUCAAUAUCAAACAGUUCGAUCACUUACUGAAGAACUUUCAAUUAAAUUUGGAAAAUCUUUAGAUGAAAUAAGACUAUGGAUGAGAUUUAAUGAAAAUGAUCUUCGACAAAUAGAUUUUGAAUCUAUUGAUGAAAUAACAUGUCAAGAAGCAGGUUUUAAUCAAAAUAGUGAAAUUUUAUUAGAAAUACGUAAUAAUGAUUUAACAUGGCCUGAAGAAUUAUAUACAUUAGCAACACGUUCAAAAACAUUAGCAGUGUCAACAUUAUCAAUAAAUAAUUCAAUAGGAAAUGUUGACGAAGAAGGACGUGGUCAAAUAGGUCUAUCAAAUUUAGGCAAUACAUGUUUUCUUAAUGCUGCUGUACAAUGUCUUAGUAAUUCAUUUCCAUUAACAUUUUAUUUUCUUCAUAAAUAUCAUUUAUUUGAAAUAAAUAAAGAUAAUCCAAUUGGAAUGCAAGGAAAUAUAGCUUUACGUUAUGGACAAUUGCUUACUAAACUUUGGGGAAAUGUUCGUGGACCAUUAGCACCAUUUGAAUUAAGAGGUUCAGUUGCAAAAUUUGGUUCAUCACGUUUUACAGAUUUUCAACAACAUGAUUCACAAGAAUUUCUUUCAUUUUUACUUGAUGGUCUACAUGAAGAUCUUAAUCGUGUUCAUGAUAAACCAUAUGUUGAACUUAAAGAUAGUGAUGAUAGACCAGAUGAAGAUGUUGCAUCUGAACAUUGGUCAAAUCAUGUAGCACGAAAUUCAUCAAUUAUUGUUGAUUUAUUUCAUGGUCUACUUCGUUCACAAGUUAAAUGUCGAAUAUGUGAAUUAAAAAGUGUUCGAUUUGAUCCAUUUAAUAUUCUUUCAUUACCAUUACCAAUAGAUACAUCAGUUUAUAUUGAAGUUAAACUUAUUCGUCUUAAUGGUUUAAAACCAAUUCGAUAUGGUAUUAAACUUGAUGGUGAAUUAACAGUUGAUCAUAUAAAAAAACAAUUAUCUAUAUUAUCAUCAUUAUCUAUUGAACAAAUUGGAUUUUUUGAUGUAACAUUACCAUCAUGUCUUCGUCGUUAUACAUUAAUGGAUUCUAAUCAAACAAAAAUCAAACAAUUAAAUAUACGUGAUUUUGUUGCUUUUGAAUUACCAUUAAUAACAUCUAUUGAUAAUAAUAAUACUUUAUCAUCAAUAUCAUAUAUUGUUGCUGUACAUCGUCGAUUAGAACGUCAAGAACGUUAUUUAUCACCUUUAACACGUCAAAAAAUUUUAUUUUUUGGUCAACCAAUAAUUGUUCCAUAUAAUGAAAAUAAUUCAAUAAAAAUAACAAAUAAAUAUAUAUAUGAAAAUAUAUCUAAACAAUUAGAACGUUUAUUACGUAAAACAACUGAUUUAACAUCAAAAUCAAAUCAUGCACUUGAUUGUGAUGAUUCACUUGGUGAACGUUAUCCAUUUAUAUUAAAACAUGUUAAUGAAGAUGGAAAACGAUGUUCAAUUUGUCCAUGGAAUCGUUUUUGUAUUGGUUGUUCUUUUGAAUCGAAUGAUAAUGAAUUUUUAUAUACACGUGGAAAUAUAGCUAUUGAAUGGGAAUCAUCUGCUUAUUAUCUUCGAUAUUUAUCUGGUCGUGAACAAGAUGUUGAAAUUCAUUCAAGUGUAAAAAUUGUUCGAACAAUAAAUAAUAAUGAUACAAAUAAUGAUGAACAAUCAUCAAUAAUUACACUUGAAGAUUGUCUACAAACAUUUAUUAAUUGGGAAAAUCUUGAUAAUAAAGAAAUGUUUAAUUGUAAACGAUGUAAAAAAUUACAGCCAGCUGAUAAAAAACUUGAUAUUUGGAAAUUACCACCAUGUUUGAUUUUUCAUAUAAAACGUUUUCAAUUAUCAAAUAAUCGUUGGAUAAAAUCUUCUCGUUCGGUUCGUUUUCCUAUUCGUUCAUUUUAUCCAUCAAAAUAUCUUCCUCAACGUUCAUCAAUAAUUAAUUCAUUAUCAACUUCAACUAUUGAAGAUAAUCUAAGUACUUCAUCAUCUUCAUUAUCAUCAAUAAUAACAGCACCAGAUAUUAUAUCAUUAUCUACAACUUCAUCUUCUUAUUUAACUAAUGGAAAUAAUUUUUAUUCACAACAAAAUUAUUCUAAUAUUGGAUUACCACCACCUGAAUCAUUAGAUGAAUUAGAAAAAAAACAGAAAACUGGAUUUGGACGACGAAAAAAUAAAAAUGAAAUUUUAAAUGAUAAAUCGAAUAUUCCCUGUCCACCAAAAUUUAUUCAAAUGAAUGAUCAAACAUUUGGCUCAGCUGAUAAUAAUUUUGAUGCUGAUAAUACUGCUUAUAAUCUUUAUGCAUUUGUUUGUCAUUAUGGAGUUAUUGGUGGCGGUCAUUAUGUAGCAUUUGUUAAAAAUCAUAUUAAUCAACAAUGGUAUUGUUUUAAUGAUAGUUCAUGCAAGCCUGUUUCAGAAAGUUUUCUUGAACAAUGUUCAUCAUCAGCUUAUUUAUUAUUUUAUGAACGUGAAUAUCUUGAUCAUCGUUGUUAUAUGCCUAAUGUUGAAGGUAAAAAUCAAGUGGCUAAUGAAUUAUCAUUAACUAGUGAUGAUCGUUGGUGUUCAUUAAUGUGA